AUGGAUGACAUCAGAGAGGUUAUUAUGCCAAAGGGAUCAUUCAAAGUGAAAAGCAACAAAGAUAGCGGAAUUCUCGAAUUCGUUGUCUUUGCUCUUGAAAAAGGUGAAUCAACAUUAGAUUUCAUCAUCAACCAAGACAAGAAACAAUAUCUUAUUGACACUGGAUACAAAUAUUUCAUCUCAAAUCACUUAGUUGUUUUCAUUGGAUCAGAUGAAUAUGACGUUACAUCAUAUAUUUCAUAUCAAAUCUCAAACAACGAAAACUUCCAGACAGAGAUAUACUUGUCAUACACGAUGGAUGAUAAUCCAGACAUAAUUAAAGGAUCAAAAUCGUUACAUAACAUCGGAUUUGCAAUUUUUAGGAUUAUUUCUAAUGAUGUUUAUAAGAACUCAUUCAUUGGAAUAUCAUCUAUCACAACACAAAAGCAAAUUGAUAAAUCUCAUAUAAGCGGUAAUUUCCAUGUUUCUGCAUAUCCUCAUAUUUUCACAAAUUCAACAUCACUUUCUUCACACGUUUCAUUACGACCAGAGAUUUUCAAUCCAAGAGUUUCGAUAGUGAGUGAGAUGAGUACAGUCAAGAUCAGUCGAAAUUCAUUGAUCAUAUUCGAUCCAUCAAUCGGAGAAGAUUAUUUCAUCACAGCAGUUUCCAACGGCGUCAAAAUCAAUUUGACAGAGAAGAAGACACAAGCAAUUGUCACAAAGAAAGAAACAGAGAUCAGUGUCAAAAUCAUCAAGAAAGACACAAUCAACAGGAUUCCUAUGAACAUAUACAAACUCGACUAUCUUCAAGAGAAAUGCAACAGAAUGAUUAUCUCCGGUGGAUCAGAAGACAUCACAUUGUGCAGUAAAAACAUGAGCAAAUCAAUGAAAUGCACACAUGUUAUCUCUAAAGAUAACAAAACAUGCAUCUUCAAAUCAUUCAGUUCUAAGUAUUCUAGAUCAGAAAUUAAAUCAAAUAAAAUCAACAUUGUCGAAAUGUUUACACCAGAUGGAACACCAAUCAAGCAAUCUAUGGCAGAUUCAAAUCUCUCAAUCAGUUCAUAUUUUGUUUCUGUCAUCAAUCCACCAGAAGACAUCGACGAACAAGAUUUCUACUUCACUGCGAAUAUGAAGAACCAAAACAACGAAAUCGAAUCUCCAUAUCGUAUUGAGAGUGAUGAAAUAUAUGAAUUCGAAGUCAAAUCAAACCCUGGCAUUAUUGCUGGCUGGACAAUCUUCUCUAUAUUCGUUAUUGCUGCUAUUUUAAUAAUUUAUUCUAUUUAUACACAGACCAAGAAAGCUCAAGUUGCUAGUGAUGAUUACAGCGCUUCAUCACUAGAAAGUUCAACAAGUCUUUCAGAUGCUACAAUUCUGUGA